AUGGCUUCAAAACCAGUCGAUACGUCUAGCACAGAGCAUAAUUCAUGGCGGAAGGAGGUCCAAGAAUCGCUGAAAUCUGUGGAGCAACUCAUCCACAAAUCCCAUGCUGCCAUCCCGACCACGAAGUACGAGCCUACCAAUGAUCCAGACAAGGUUAAGCUCACUUCGUUAUUCGAAGACCUUCACAAAGUCGGCCUAGACGACCUUAAAACCCUCCUCGAUUUGUUCACUUCCGAAAUCAAGGGUUACCAAGAUGAUGACAAAUUUGUCCUGGAGCGCUUGGUGAAGCUCCUCAGCAAGCUGGGUGCUGAUUCCACGCUCGCCCACUCACUGACUGGUGGAUUCAUCAACAACCUCUGGGCUGCUCUUCCUCACCCUCCACUAUCGAGUCUGGGAUCACAGUACCAGUACCGUGAUGCCGAUGGAGCUAACAAUAACAUCCGCUUCCCUGAUUUAGGCAAGGCAGGUCAGCCAUACGCGAGGAGUGCAAAGCCAGUUAUUCUGCAAAAUAUCGCACUUCCAGAUCCGGGGAUCAUAUUCGAUAGCUUGAUGGAUCGUGGAGACAAGUUUGAGCCGCAUCCCAAUAAGAUCUCUAGCAUGUUGUUCUACUUGGCAACAAUCAUCAUCCAUGACAUAUUCCGAACAUCCCAUAAAGAUCCAAAUAUCUCAUUGACUAGCAGCUAUCUGGAUCUAGCUCCUCUCUAUGGAAGCAGUCAGGAGGAGCAGGAUGCGGUUAGGACGUUCAAGGACGGCAAGCUCAAGCCGGACACCUUUUCCGAAAAGAGAGUUCUCGGCUUUCCUCCGGGAGUCAGUGUCUUCCUCAUCAUGUUCAAUCGCUUCCAUAAUUAUGUGGUCACUCAACUCGCAGCGAUCAAUGAAAAUAAUAGAUUCACCAAGCCGACAGAUGGUACAGCCAAAGAUGCAUGGACUAAGUACGACAAUGACCUGUUCCAAACUGGCCGCCUGAUCACAUGUGGUCUCUAUGUCAACGUUGUCUUGAAGGACUAUGUCAGGACAAUUCUGAAUUUGAAUCGAUCAGGCACCAAAUGGGAUUUGGAUCCACGAACAGAGGAGGGGAAAACACUUUUCAACACUCCGGCUGCAGAAGGGACAGGAAAUCAAGUGUCUGCGGAGUUCAACUUGAUCUACCGAUGGCAUUCUGCUAUAUCCGAGAAGGACGAAAAGUGGACCGAGGCUGCUUUCCAGCGGAUACUAGGAACCAAGACCCCAUCGAGUGUUUUCGAAAUUGUACAGCUACUUGCAGACUGGGAAAAAACGAUUCCUAAAGAUCCUGGAGUGAGGGAAUUUGAUCCCAGCAUCAAACGUCAAUCUGAUGGUUCCUUUAGAGAUGAAGACCUAGUCAAAAUCUUGGAAUCUUCAAUCUCUGACGUUGCUGGCUCCUUUGGAGCAAACAAGGUCCCCAAAAUCAUGCGAUCAAUUGAGAUUUUGGGUAUCAUCCAAGCCCGUUCCUGGAAUAUGGCAUCCUUAAAUGAGUUCCGUCAAUUCGCUGGCCUCACGCCGCACAAAACAUUCGAAGACAUCAACCCGGACGCUGCAGUCGUUGAGAAGCUGAAGAAUCUCUACGACAGUCCCGAUUUUGUCGAAUUAUAUCCCGGUCUUGUAGCAGAGAAGGCCAAGCCUCCAAAGUCUCCAGGAUCUGGUCUCUGCGUCAACUUUACAACCUCGUAUUCGAUUCUGUCGGAUGCUGUAGGUUUGGUAAGAGGGGAUCGAUUCUACACCGUUGACUACACACCAAAGAAUCUUACCAACUGGGGAUACAACGAAGUCCAAUACGAUACCAGCGUUGAUGACGGUGCUGUUCUCUAUAAACUCAUUUUGAGGGCCUUCCCGAACUGGUUCAAGGGCAACUCCGUCUAUGCUCAUUUCCCCUUCGUCAUCCCGAGCGAGAAUCUGGACAUUUUGAAGUCCCUUGGCCGAGCCGACAAGUAUUCAUGGGAUAAACCAGCUCGCGUCCCGGAUCUUAUCGUGGUUAAAUCGUAUGCUGCUGCGAAGAAGAUUCUCAACGACAAGGCCAACUGGAAAGUGACUUGGGGUGAAGCUAUUACCUUCCUCACAAGUCAGCCGAAGAAAAAGAAUGGUGUUGACUAUUGUUUGGCUGGUGAUAACCCUCCAAAUGCAGCCUCAAGAGUCAUGGUGCAGAAGGGGUUGUAUCCCAAGAAUUGGCAACAAGAAGUCAAGAAGUUUUACGAGCAAACGACCGCGAAACUUCUCAAGACAUAUAGCUACAAGGUCCCAGGCACAAAGACUUGCCAAGUCGACAUUGUGCGAGAUGUUGCCAACCUUGUAAACGCAAGAUUCGCAGCUUCAGUCUUCAGUCUGCCGAUCAAGACAGAGGAGACACCGAAGGGCAUCUACACCGAGCAAGAGAUGUACCAAGUUCUCUGCCUCUGCUUCAUCUGCAUCUUCUUCGAUGUUGAUAUCGCAAAGAGUUUCCAGGUCCGAGAAGCUGCUCACAUGCUUGCUCAACAACUCGGAGAGUUGAUACUUCUGAAUGCCGAGGCGAUUGCAGCGACAGGCUUCAUCGCAGAUAUACUCGCCAGAUUGCACGAGACAAGCGCCUUGACCGAUUAUGGCACUCAUAUGAUCCAGAGAAUGCUUGAAAACAAGCUCCCGGUCAAGGACAUCGUCUGGAGCCAUAUCCUCCCAAUUGCAGCAUCAAUGACAGCCAACCAAUCCCAAGUCUUUAGCCAGGCUCUCGACUACUACUUGGGAGAUGGUGCCAAGUACAUUCCAAAGUUACACGAGCUUGCAAAGGCAAACACACAAGAGGCUGAUGACCUGAUCCUACGAUACUUCAUGGAAGGCGCUCGUCUUCGCGCAACAGUUCGUCUCUUCCGCGACUACGUGCCCACGUCAGGCGCCGCAGGCGCAGCAUCCAUCCCCGAUGGUACCUCCACACUCACCGUCCCGCCGGGCGGCCGUGUCCUCGUCGACAUCAUCCUCAUCUCGCAGGACCCAACCGCCUUCCCCAAGCCCCUGGAAGUCGACGUCACGCGCCCCUUGGACUCCUACAUCCACUACGGCUGGGGCCCGCACCAGUGCGCCGGCAUGGACGCGAGCAUGGUUGCCAUGACCGCUAUGUUCAAGACCGUCUUCGCCCUUCCGAAUGUGCAGCGUGCGCAAGGCGGCGGACCGAGAGGCCGCUGGUAUGGGCCGAGCCAGGGCGUGCUGAAGACGCUGGAUGGACCGUAUGGGCUUACGCUUUACAUGACGGCGGAUCAGAGCAGUAUCUUCCCGUUCCCGACGACGAUGAAGAUUCAGUGGGAUGCCGAGUGA